AUGAAUGGCAAAAAGUCAGCGUUGGGGGGAUCUCCUCAAGGAUUUCCCAUUGACGACGUCACCCUGUACCAUUCAUCAAUUCGUCAUUCGGCAAUGGAUCCACCUCUCACAAGCCUCACCAAUCACCAUUGGCUAUUAGUCUCCCUCUCUUUUCUCUUGAAUGCACACUCUGUUUCUCACUCUCUCUCUCUCUCUCUCUCUCUCUCUCUCAUUUUCUCUAGUUAUCCGAGGAAGACUGCGUACCGGCGCUGGGGGUUUUUCAAUCUUGGUGGGUUUUGAGAAGAGAAUUUGAAGAUGAUUUCUGGGUGUGGGAGAGUUGAUCUGUUGAAGGAAGAGAUUGGGAUCGAUCAGGAGUCUCUGCUUCUAUCAGGGGACGUCCCAACUGGCCUUGUCAUCGUUGACGUCGUCAAUGGCUUCUGCACCGUCGGCGCCGGCAACUUGGCCCCAAGAGAGCCUAACAACCAAAUUUCUGGAAUGGUUGAGGAGACAGUGAGGCUUGCUAAAGUGUUCUGUGAGAAGAAAUGGCCAGUCUUCGCUUUUCUUGAUACUCACCAUCCUAAUAUUCCUGAGCACCCCUACCCUCCUCAUUGCAUAGUUGGCACAGAUGAGUGCAAAUUGAUUCCUGCACUGCAAUGGUUGGAGAAUGAGCCGAAUGCUACACUUAGGUGCAAAGAUUGUAUUGAUGGUUUUCUUGGUGCAAUUGAGAAAGAUGGUUCCAAUGUGUUUGUAAAUUGGGUGAAAACCAACCAGAUCAAAGCUAUAUUGGUGGUAGGAAUAUGCACUGAUAUAUGUGUGCUGGACUUUGUGUGCUCUGCGUUGUCUGCAAGGAAUCGCGGUUUCCUUGCGCCUCUAGAGGAUGUGAUUGUGUACUCUCGUGGUUGUGCUACUUAUGAUAUUCCAGCUGAUGUUGCUAGAGCCAACAAAGAUGUUAUAGCUCAUCCACAGGAACUGAUGCAUCACAUAGGCCUUUAUAUGGCCAAGGGAAGAGGGGCCAAGGUAGCAUCAGAAGUAUCAUUUGGCAUGCUGGAGGCAUGAUCCUGCUUAGGCGUGUCUGUGCAGCUGGUGUGCAUGGAUCACCCCUGCAGUUAUAGAAUACGUUAUAGAAUAUGUUACGUGGUUUCCUAUUUGUUAGUUGUGUGAAAUAUGCAGAUGAAAUAUAAUAAAUGUACAGAUCAAACUUGUGUUUGAAUUGCCUUUCUGGAAUUUUCAUAGUGGUUAAAGUUAUCAUGUUGCGUAAAUUUACUGAAAAAUUGGCAAUUCACCAAAUUACGGAAUCAAUAUGCUAUUUUUUCA